CUAGAAAGAUACUCUUCAUAAACAGGCAGGAUGGAAAGUAAACGUCUCAUCACCAUCUGUGUUCUCCUCGUCUCUGCAUCUCUAAUAGAAGGAAUGGCCGCCCCACAUCGUGGCAGGCGAUGCCUGUGCUCGCAAUCCACUACAAAUAUAAAUAUUAAAGCGGUGUCAAAAAUGGAAAUAUUUCCAGUAAGCUCCACGUGUGAAAAAAUUGAAGUUGUAGUUACUAUGAAAAGGUCAAAGAAAACAAAAUGCAUCUCUCCAAAUAUAAAGUUGGUGAAUGAAGUAAUUUCUGGUAAUACAAGAAAUGUGAAAAAUGUUCAAAUUCUCAACCACCUCAAAAAGUAAACAAGAUGAAGGAGAAAACACCUGUAACUGUCCUAACGAAAAUACGAAUGAUACUGUUAGAAGCCGCCUGAAGGAAAUUUUACAGAAAAUUCUGCAACACAAAUAGUUAAAUUAUGCAAAAAUGUUAAUCUGUAUACUUUUGUUUAAGUUAUUCAUUUUAUAGAAGAACAAACAAGCUCACGCAGUGACGAAUGUAAUUGCAGUCUGUAACGUUCACAAAAUGUAUAUAACUGGGACAGAAUUAAUUGUAUAAAAAUAGAAUAUAACUCACUAGUGAGAAAUGUUGUUUUAGUUAGUCAAACAAAUGCUAAGCUACAGUUACGACUUUUGUUUGUAACAACUAGGUCUGAAAUCAGGCCUAUGAUUAAGCUUCUAGUAAUUUACACAUUGUAAAAAUGUACAUACUGUACUGUGUGCCUUUUAAAUCAAGAUAUU